AUGGAAAAGGAAUGCCCGGGAGCAGGUGCAGACUUCUUAGCCCUUAUCUCAGAGGGGGUAUCACGAGAUAUCAGAGGAUAG